CCCCUCCCACCGCUCGCUUCAGCCCCUGCCGCUGCUGUAGAAGAAGAAGAAGGAGAAGAAGAGGGACCGCGGCCGGCGUCUCCUUCUCUUGCCGCUAUUAUUAUUAUUGCUGCCGCCGUCCGGGGCGGGGAAGGGAUUGAUGUGGAGGCCCAGAGCGGCCCCGCCGCCGCCGUCAUCGCCGCCAUGCAGCCCCCGCCGAGGAAGGUGAAAAUUACUCAAGAACUGAAACUUCUUCAGACUGAACAGAUGACAAAACUUCAAGCUAAACAUCAAGCAGAAUGCGACUUACUUGAAGAUAUGAGGACAUUCAGUCAGAAGAAAGCUGCAAUUGAGAGAGAGUAUGCACAGGGCAUCCAGAAAUUGGCUAGCCAGUACUUAAAGAAAGAGUGGCCUGGGAUAAAAGUUGAAGAGCGAAAUGAUUUUAGGAGCAUGUAUCCAGUGUGGAAAUCAUUUCUUGAAGGCACGGUGCAGGUGGCUCAGUCCAGGCUCAAUAUCUGUGAAAACUAUAAGAACUUAAUUUCGGAACCUGCCAGAGCAGUGAAAUGUUUUAAAGAACAGCAGCUGAAAAAGUGUGUGGAGCAGCUGACCAGGAUCCAGGCUGAACUGCAAGAGACAGUAAAAGAUUUGGCAAAGGGGAAGAAGAAAUACUUUGAAAUGGAGCAGAUGGCUCAUGCCGUCCGUGAAAAGGCCGAUAUUGAGGCCAAGUCUAAACUUAGUCUUUUUCAGUCAAGGAUAAGCUUACAGAAGGCAAGUGUAAAGUUAAAAGCACGGCGCUCUGAGUGUAAUUCCAAAGCUACUCAUGCGAGGAAUGACUACCUUCUCACUUUAGCAGCUGCGAAUGCGCACCAAGAUCGCUAUUAUCAGACGGACUUAGUAAACAUUAUGAAGGCUCUUGAUGGGAAUGUAUACGAUCACCUUAAAGAUUAUAUAAUGGCAUUCAGCAGGACUGAAUUAGAAAUAUGCCAAGCUGUACAAAGCACAUUCCAGUUUCUUUUGGAAACUUCCAGUCGGGUAGUGCGAGAUUAUAAUUUCCAGCUGUUCUUGCAAGAGAACACAGUAUUUCACAAACCACAGUCCUUCCAAUUCCAACCGUGUGACAGCGACACUAGUUUUAGUGCCGUUCAGCUGGUGGAUAUUGAGCCUUCACCUGUCAGUGCUCUGAGAAUGACCUUAGUGGAGAGCCGGCAGUUAGAAUCUGAGACCGGAACAACAGAAGAGCACAGUCUGAACAAGGAAGCCCGGAAAUGGGCCACGCGUGUGGCACGGGAACACAAAAACAUCAUUCACAGUCAACGGGCUCUUGAGGAAUUGGAAUGCCAUGGGCCGACGGCAUCUGAACAGAGCCGAGCAGAGCUGGAACAGAAAAUAGAUGAAACCAGAGAAAACAUCCGCAAAGCUGAGAUAAUAAAGCUGAAAGCUGAAGCUCGACUUGACCUCCUAAAGCAGAUUGGGGUUUCGGUGGAUACGUGGCUGAAAAGUGCAAUGAACCAAGUCAUGGAGGAACUAGAGAACGAACGAUGGGCCAGCCUUCCUACAGUGGCCAACAAUGGCUCUUCGCACUUGCUAAAUGUUGAUAUAGAGAGGGAGGAAGGAGAAGAGCUGGAAGAUGGCAUGGAUGGUUUUGACGACAGCAGUUCCAGUCCUUCUGGUACACUCAGAAAUUAUCCGUUGACCUGCAAAGUUGUAUAUUCAUACAAGGCUUCCCAGCCAGAUGAAUUAACAAUUGAAGAACAUGAGGUUCUGGAAGUGAUUGAAGAUGGAGAUAUGGAAGAUUGGGUAAAGGCACGAAAUAAGGCAGGCCACGUGGGCUACGUGCCUGAGAAGUAUCUGCAGUUCCCGACUUCCAACAGUCUCUUGAGCAUGUUGCAGUCGCUGGCAGCGCUGGACAGCCGGUCUCAUACUUCCAGCAAUUCAACGGAAGCUGAGCUCGUCUCAGGAAGCCUCAACGGAGACUCCAGUGUAUGUUUUGUAAAAGCACUUUAUGAUUACGAGGGACAGACAGACGACGAGCUGUCCUUCCCAGAGGGAGCAAUAAUCCGUAUCUUGAAUAAAGAGAACCAGGAUGACGACGGUUUCUGGGAAGGGGAAUUCAACGGACACAUCGGGGUCUUCCCAUCUGUACUUGUAGAAGAGCUAACUGCCUCAGAAAAUGGAGAGUCGCGGUGCAUUGCAGAUGUUCAGGUAUCUCCAUCUCCCAAGCCCCAGAAUUCUCUGGCUCCACUGCCACUGUAUGACCAGCCUCCAACCAGCCCUUUCCAUAGUCCUGACAAGAGAGGUUCCCAGUACUUCCCAAGAUCCCCAUCAACAAACGAGAACAGCUUCACUUCAAGCUCUCCUGGUUUCUCCCAGCCACCACGACCUCUUCCUGAAAGCACCUCAUAUGGCAAAUUGAGACCUGUCCGGGCCGCCCCUCCUCCUCCGACCCAGCCGCACCGCAGACCCACAGAGAAGAUCGAGGACGUGGAAAUCACUUUGGUGUGACUCAACGGGACGCUGUGCCUCGUAGCGCUACAAUCAAGACCGGAUAUUGUCCAUGUUUGGUCCGCUCUCUUUCUUGGGCACCUUUUGGAUGAUGGAAGAGACUUGCGAAAGAAAGAUCCAGGGGAAGCGGGAGGAUUUCCCAGAGACAUUGGGACGCACGGUGGCGGACUCUUCUUCCCAUCGUCAUGACUCUUUUGUGCCUUUUUUUAAUUUGUCGCUGUCCUUUGGUUUCACUUUAUAUCUCUGCCGCCCUUCCUCCUUUGAGCACAAAGCUGAAACAGAGGAAUAUAAAUGCCUUUACAGCUGAAUGUGGCGGAGACUCUGGAGAGUCCCCUCUUCCAUGGGCCAGUCCGCAAAGAGCGGCUUCCUUGGGGCAACGGCUACGUCCUUGAAGCCUCUUCCAACAAAUGGCACAGUAAGCCUGUUUUCCUUCCUCGUGGCACGGAGUGUGUCCUUGCCGCUUCUUGGGCGGGAGGAAACAGGAGGCGCUUAACUGGCGUUACAGGUUGGCGGCAAUAAAAGGCAAGCCGUUGCGUUUUUGUAUGGGGAGAGCCAGCGUGUAGACCGACCGGCCUGAAGUCAUAGCAUACGUAUACCAUGUGCAUUAGUACAGUAUAUUACUGUUUGCCAUAGGAAUGUGUUUAAAGUUUUUUUCUUUCCUCUUCCCAUUCAAGUAGCGUUACUUAAUCUGAUUAGGUUCGUAAUCAGAAUGUAUGGAAUAGAGAAGGGAACACCCAAGUGUAAAUUUCAGGAGAGGCUGGCUCCUCUCUGUCCCUCUCUCUUUCCGCCUUCCUCGGUCGCUCUCAACGGGCGGGAAAUUGUUCCACAAUGAAGGGAAAGCACUGCAGCUCGGCUUGUACGGGGCUGAUUCCUUCAACGUGCACCUCUUCCAAAAGUACCGGUCAAACCCGAACGCGGACGUUCCUUUUGUAUUGAUAUUUAUGCGGUGCGUUUAGUAAUAAACUAUCUACUACAGAAGUGCUGACCUUAGUCGCAACAACAUGUUUUUUUUUCCUUAGGAUAAGCAGGAUUUUCAUUGUACAGCCGGUAAUAGCCGUUGGUUUCCUUUUUUCCAGCAGAAUCCCCCCCUUUUUUUCUUUUUUUUGGUAUUUGGAUCACUCCUUAUCCCAGUUAUGGCUGUAUAGUUUACUCUCUGACAUUGAUGGUGUUUCUUGAGCCCUGGAACAUCCAGCUAGAGUUUUUUAAAAAAGAGUUUUAAUGUUUAGAGUACGGACGUGUGGUGUCUAGCUUUAGCGUUGGAUAGUUCUAGCAGAAGUCUCCACGCAAAAGCCUAUAGGGCCAGCUCAAACCCAGAGAAGUGGAUCGUAGUAGGGUUUUUCGCACACGGGAGAGUUUUGACAGAGGCGGCGGGGCAUUUCGUUCAUUCGUUUCACAAGACACCCAAGAGGUUUUGCUUUUUUGAAAGGUCUUAUAAAGAUGUACAGAUGUAUUUGGAAGAGAUAGUGGGUCAAAAGAGAUGAUGAUGAUGAUGAUGAUGAUGAUGAUGAUGAUGAUGCACAUACAGUGUUGACAGCAGUAGGUCCAUAAUGCUGUCUGUUAUUCUGGACCGAAGGGAGGGCUUCCAGCUUGAAAUCAGACAAAAAUCCCUGUGCCCUUGCAGCUCUUAGCAAUCAGAUUUUUUUAGGGUGGAUACUAGGAAUUGUAAAUGGGAAGCUUUUUUCUCUGAGUUUGAUGGAAGAAAUGUUUCAUGGUAAGUAACGACGAGGCAAAGUGAACAUAGAAGGAGGGAAAAAAUUGAGUUUCUGAUGCAAUGGUCUCCAAGAAGGAGGCAGGGGGCAAAGUGUAAACCAAAUCCCACCUCAAAGUGUUCACAGCCAAAGGGCUGGAAUUAUGAAAUAUGUUGAGAGCUCCACUGUUAAGUAAUAUUAGAAGAGCCCUCGUAUGUUCCUUUUCUUUCCCUCCUCCAUGCGGGUAGAGCGUACCAACUGUUAUUCCUCCCAUUUUGUGGCCUAAAGGACAACAACAUCUUUCCUCUUUUAAUUCUGCGGCCGCGUUUCGUGGAAUCGUCGUUCGACGAGGCUUUUCAUCUGAAACUUUGCACAAAUAGACUCUGGAAAUGCGACUCUUUGGUUUUUUGCCAAUUUCUUUUUUCUACUUCUUCUUCCUUUUCAUUGGCUUGGCCUGCGGAAGGGAAAGGCUGUUUGAAGCAUACUGGCAGCGUCUGCAGCAAUUGCCAAAUAUCCGGCAGAAGAAGAGUCUCUUGUGGGGAAGGGGAGGGUUUGCACCUUCUGUUCUGUUGAUCUGUUUGAGGUCCUUUUUUAAAAAAGUGUUUUAUCAAACUUAUUCUUAAGUUUUUUUUAAAAAAAGAAAGAAAACAAUUUUUUAAAGAACUGUAUUGCAAACAUUUUUAGAUGCUUUGUGCGGGGGAAAACGCCCCUCAGUGUUGCCAAUAUUAUUCAGACAUUCAAUUCGGGUUGGCCAGUUUUUCCUGCUUUCUUUUUUUCGUGUGCGUAUGUAAAUGUCCUUUCUUCCCCUCCCCAGACUCUCAAAAUUCAGAAAGUGUUAUUUAAAGAAAAAAAUCUCCUUAGUUAUAUUUUAAAAAUAUUUUCUGUAAGAGCUGCUAAUUUUUAUUUUAAAAAGAAAGUUGUAAAAAUGCGCCUCCUUUUUAAACUUCAUACAGGGCAUGCAAUAGAACGUAUCACCAUGUACAUACAGUGUCAAUACACUGAAAGCAGAACCUUGGGAGCUUUCUUUAUAUUGGCUGUAAAACUUUGUAUUUAUUAUGUAUAAAAUGUUGAAUAAUAAAAAAGUGGCUUUAAAUCAUU